CGAUCUAAGGAAGUUGUCACACUUUUCGGGACACUCUCAGUUUUAGUCGAUUCACGUUCACUGUGAAGAGUGUAAUACAUCAACCCUAAAUGGCAUUGGCACGUCUGGUGGAACGAAUUGAACGAACGCUGUACGUACACUACGAGGAUAGUUUCGUGUAUUUCUUCGAACCAAACUUUGAAGCAUUACCUCCUGAGCUACUAAUUCAUCUAUUCCAGUACCUGAAUCCAAGCGAUCGAAGUGCGGCGGCACUAGUUUGCCGGUCCUGGUAUGAUGCGUUUCGCUACAUCAAGUUUCAACGUGCCGUACGUCUACAUAUCCACGAUAUCGAGUUCGUAGAUAAUGGACAUCCAUUGAAGGGAUUGAUGACGUCCUUCCGCUACUUUACGGACGUAUGCAUAACCAAAGUGGUGUUUGGAAAUAAGAGCGAGUUCUGGAGCGAGUUUGGAGAUGGUAUUGAAGAGCUCACGUUUGACAAGUGUGUUAUCUGGAAGCACAAGCUGGCAUCGAUCUUGAAGUACAUGCCACGGUUGCGUCGUCUCAAUAUCUUCAAUUGUCCCGAUCUCUUCAAAACCUGGAAGCUGAUCGAGAAUACUACUGUCACUUGGAAUCUUGUGAUGCCGGAGCUUAGGCACAUUAGUCUCGCCCGGAACAAUCGCUUCCUGGAGCAUCAUUUCGAUUAUCUGGUACAGCUCGCACCUAACCUCGAUUCGAUCGAUGUGUCCGAGUGCUUCAGCAGCAUUGAAGCAAGGCAGCGUGUACUAAUGCUUAACCACAUUCUCGAGUUUGUACGGACCACCCGGAACCGAUUGCGACAUCUCUUCCUCUGCGGUACACCGAUCGACAAUGUGUUUCUGCGCGGACUGGCCGACAUUCCAGAUCUUUCCCUUCGUAGCCUUGGGCUGAUGGUUUGUGAGAAAAUUCCUACCAAUGAACCGGGUAUUAUGGAUCUACUACGUUCGCAAACUGCCCUCACACACCUCGAUCUUUCCAAGUCGCUUGCGUUGAAUGAUUCGGCGCUGAUACAGAUCUCGCGCUCAAUUCCCCAUCUCGAAACGCUCAUCCUCAACCGUUGCUGGAUGAUCACGGACUAUGGUAUCACGGCGAUCAAAAGUCUCGUCCGGCUGCGUCACAUCGAUCUGACAAACUGUGAGCGUAUUACCGAUGCUGGGCUCGUGGGCGGUCUGUUCACACACAAUCGCAGAAACGUGCGCAAGCUGUAUCUCGGGCUGCUGACCAACAUGAGCGAUGCGGCACUCACGAAGGUAUCGUUCGAGUUCUGUGACCUGGCGGUGCUUGAUCUGGGCGGAUGCUCGAACAGUAUCAACGAUCUAUCGAUACAGUAUAUCUUUUACCACAUGACGAAGCUGCAGGAGCUAAAUUUAGACUGCUGUGCGAAGGUGUCAGAUGCCGGCAUUACGGGUAUUAACCUAGAGGAGAAAGCGUUCGCCAUUUGGGACAUCGAGCUAUGCUUUUCGAUAGCCGACCUGGUCGGUUUACGAUCGUUAAAGCUAUCCGGGUGCUACAAAAUCACUGACUACUCCUUCGAGCGCUGUUUCAACUUCAAGGAGCUGAAAGAGCUCAGUCUUGCCCGACUAUUGCAGAUCAGCGUACGGGGCAUCGAACGACUCGUGCUCGGAUGUCCUUCGCUCGAGGUGGUCGAUUUAAGUGAGUGUCGCACGAUCACGGAUCGCUGUAUCGAGAUCAUCACCAAGUGUGAGCCCCGUCUUACCACGCUAAAGCUCCAGAACUGCACGUUGAUAACGGAUAAGGCCAUCAAGUAUAUAGUGGAGAACUGCCGCGUGCUGCGUGUGCUGAAUAUUCGGGGUUGCAUUAAAAUAUCGUCCUACGCUGAAUCGAAGCUGUCUGCAGUGAAAUCGUUGCGACAUCUGCACGGAACCACGCCGGAAGUUAUUUAGAUCGUAGGAACCGUGUGUAUGGAAUGUAAAUAAAUAUAUUCAAUGGAUAAUAGCCAACGCGAA